AUGUCUUCCUCACCAUCUCCCUCAACUUCCUCUCGUCGGUCAGCCAGCCCAACGGCGAGAGCGACUACCACCUCGACCUCUUCAUCUCAUGGCUCUUCUUCAUCAGUUACAGUUGUGACCGUGACCUCUUCAUCUCCAUCCGCCGCGACAGCCUCUUCCUCCACAGUGAAUGUUGAGUCCAUCUCUUCAUCUUCCGGAUCCAGGUCCACCGUUCGCACCUCAACAACUUCGCAGGAUGAUACAGCUGAUAACGAGGGUCCCUCUUCCUCAGGUACAGAUACAGUUGAUGAUGGGGCUCCCUCCUCUUCAACAGCCCCUGCACCAGCAGCCUCACGACCAUUACGAACGGCGCCACUUGUACCCCAACCCGCCUAUCGGUUUAUAUUACACUUUCGAAAAGGUGUGCGAGGCAACUACAAGCGCAAGUCUGUCAAUAGCAUUCCUUCCACUGCCGAGUGGGCUUUCGAGAGUGCACACUCUUUCGGCGUCCUACUCGGUCUUAUCAGAGCAUAUUCUGUCGUACACGCACCAUUAGUCUGGCCUCAAGACGAUCUUCCCGAUAUCAUCCCAUCACCAAGUAAAGGCGCAAGACUGCAAGCCGCUGUGACCCUAAACGAGGACAACUUUCUGCAGAUAAUCGACAACUCAUGGAGAGCAUGGACAAGGUCAGGAAAGCACAGUGGGGCUCUUCAAUUGAUUAUCUACAUGACCGAGCCUGUCGCCCUUGGUGCCUCUUCUUCCUCCAGCAACAAUAUACUCCACCGAUCAACUGCCGGAAGAAUUGCGGAGGUCAGCCGACGUCUUAACGAACAAGAGGAUGCGGAUGAGCUCGGAGAUAUGGAGCGAGCCUACCAUGUGCACUAUCUGUCCAAACGAGCGAUGCCUCCGCCGGGAAAUAGUUUCGUCCUUCCAAACAACAACACGUCUCGACAAGCCCAUGACUUGGAUAAUGCUGCGCGUCGGGUGCGUGAGAAGAGAAGAGCGGAGGAAGUCGAGGGUUUGGAGGACGACGAGUUCGUCCCAGUUCGAGUCAAGGUGGAUCUGGAGAUCACAGUUAAAAUGUCUAGACAGGACUUGGCAAAGGCACUUGGUUUGCCUUCUGGGUUCAACCUUUCUUCCUUCAACUUUUUUGGUCAAAAUCAUGCAGGAAACCAACCCCCCGAUGCCCCUGAAGAAGACAUCCCUGAUAGAGACCAUAUGACUGAUGAUGAUGACAAUGAAUAA